AUGGACGCGCGCGCGCGCGGUGCGCGGCCGCGGCGAGGGCGUCGUGCGAACGAGGGUCGAGGUCUGGGCGCGGCGCUGGUGGUGGUGACGUGCGCGCUGCUGGGGACGGGAACGGGCGCGGGAGCGAUCACGGUGGACGUGGACGUGGCCUCGGGCGCGGGCCUGGGCUCGGGGGACGCCGUGGAGGUGCGCGCGGUCGUGGAGGGGGGGGGGGCGGCGACGGCGGCGCGCGCGACGUGCGCGCUCGGGUGGGGGGCGGAACGGACGACGGGCAUGCGAUACGAUGGAAACGACGAGCGUGGACGGAUGCGAUUUACUGGAUGGUGCGAUACGAACGGGGCGCCGGAGGGCGAGCGGGUGCGGGUGAAGGUUUCAGUCGCGGCGGGGACGGCGCGGGCGACGAGCGCGUGGCGCGGCGCGGCGCUGGAGCGACGGGUGAAGGAGGAGACGCCGCUGCCGAUCUUGCACGUUUGGACGCCUGAUUACGAUAAAAUUACCACGGAUGCGGGUGAGCGGGUCGCGGUGUAUUUCGAGGGUCGGUACUACGACGACGUGUUCAUGCGUCGUCGCGGCUCGAACAGGAACGAAGCCGUCAUCGGCGUUGAACUCUCGGCGGCGAACUGGCCGAAGCGCAAGUUCAAGCUCGAUUUCGGACGAAGGCGAUUCAAAUUGAACGCGAACAUGAGUCGAGUGAGCGAGAUUAAUCUCAAUUCGCACUACCAGGAGCCGGGAGAGGAGACGUACAUGCGGGAGAACUUGGGAUUUGCAAUUUUGAGACGAGCGGGCGUUCCGGCGCCGUUGACUCGACACGUGCACGUGCGCGUGAACAACGAGUAUUACGGUCUGUGGUCCCUCAUCGAACAGGUCGAUAAGCGGUUCUUAAAGCGGAACAAUCUCUUUACUGGAGACGGUUACUCUCUGUACAAGGCGGUAAACUGGAAGUACAGUAACCUUCGCGCCGGCGACCCAAGCUUACCGUGCCCUUACGCCACGCCGGACUACCGCCGCGAGUGGAUGAACGAUGGCUGUCCGGAAAUUUAUCGCAAAGCUUCGAAGCCGCGCGAUAAAUGGGACGACCUGUGGCAACUCACGAAUGACGUGAUUGAGAGAGUGAGGAGAAAUCCCGAGGGCGAGGCUUACCUUUUAUUCGACCAUCUCAAUUUGCCAUCCCUCGUGAAUGAAAUGGCGGCCCAAACGCUCAUGCUGGGCGCCGAUCGAUGCACGAAGAACUACUACAUGCAUCGAGAUUGGACGGGAGAGUGGACUCGCAUACCCUGGGACGUGGAGGAUAUCUUUCCAAGCGACAAGAGGUACGGGACAUCUUUGUGCAAGCCCAGCGAGUGCGCGGCGACGGCAAACCUGUACUGUAUCUUAAGCUGCGAAAAGUUCAACUCGCCGCUCUACUGCGACCGCAACCACCCGCAAGACAUCUUUUACUGGGAUGGGAGUCGUCCCGAACAGGAUCCACGAAGCACUUACAACGUUUUAAUUGACGUCAUGCUGAGCGUCUGGCCCGUCAAGGAGAUGUACCUCACACGGCUUCGUACUUUGAUGGAUCAAAUCCUGGCCACCUCAUUCGUGGAUGAUUACGUCCGCCGAAAGGUCAAUCUAAUUCGAAAAGACGCACUCAGAGACAGCAAGAAGUGGGGCGUCGGCGCCGGGCGCGCCAUCGAUCAAGGCGUGAACAACCUGCUCGACGUCAUCGUCCCAACCAGGCGAAAACAGUUGUUCGAGCAGUACAGUUACAUGAUUCCGCCCUCGAUACCAUCGAACGCGCGCGUGUACGUCUCACACGCCCAACGCUCUGGCGACGAAUCGUACGUCAAGCUGAGCAAUCCGAACGGAUUCGCCGUGGACGUCAGCGAUUGGAUCGUCUCCACGCCCGGUGGAUGGACGUGGACGCUCAAGCCCGGCUCCGUCAUGGGACCGGGACGCGUCCUCUUCGUCGUGAAGAACGCGAAGGAGUUCAGGAAUCGCGCGACGUGGGCGCGACGGGAAUACCCACAGGGUCUCUUUGUGCAGGGCAACUUUUACCGCGAUCUCGACGUCGAUGACCCGCGAAUGUUCACCGUGAAGCCCGCGCGGCUAUGA